CUUUUCUCAAUAUUUUUUUGUAUUCUUGCUUUUCUGUUCUUUAUUAUUUUAUUUUUUAGUGCCUCAAUAUAUUUACUUUAAGCUAUUUUAAAGACACAAACAUGAGUCUUGUUCCGGCUUUUACAGCAGACGCCCUAUUGGACCUACUCCAGCCGCUGAACGUACUCUGCGGACUCGUUGCCUACUUUUCCUGGCAAAUUAUCUAUGCCAUGUAUUUAUCGCCUCUGCGCCAUAUCCCUGGCUCCUUGUGGUUCCGCAUUUCGGGCUUCCCCAUGCUGCUCUAUCAACUACGCGGCCUUGAGCCUACUCUUAUGAAGCAGUUCAACCAAACGUACGGUGGCAUAUUUGUGAUGGGUCCAUCUAGAGUGGCCAUCUGCGACCCCAAAGACAGUCAAACAAUCCUUUCCUCGCACGCCUUUCUUAAAGACAGGAUGUAUAGCAACGUCGAGCUUAUGGAGCCAAACAUGUUUCUAACUGUCGACCCCGAAUUAAACAAACAGCGCCGCAGACAGAUGGGACCAUCAAUGAGUUUGGCAAACCUAAAGCUGAUGGAGCCAGCCAUCCUGGAAGCCGGACCCAAGCAGUUGUUCAACAAGUGGGACUGGAACAUUGAGCAAUCCACGGAUGGGAUAACAGCUAGGGUAUUGUAUCACAAUGACCUUAUGCUUAUGGCUUUUGACAUUAUCAGUACGCUGGGAUUCGGGCAGACUCACAGGUCGCUGACAUCAGGGGAUACAAAAAUUACCAAAUGGGUGCACAGCACUUUCAUUUUAAUCUUUUUUCAGUCGGUUAUGCCUUUGGUCAAGACCACUCUGUUUCGUCGGUUUAUUGCCAAGUCAUUCUACAACGAGUUUGAUGCGUUUUUUGCUUUGUGUACCAAGGCUGUCAGCGAGCGCAAAAAGCUCCUGAGUGGCCUGCAACCUAACGAGAACAAACCCAAGGAUAUUCUGCAGUCGUACAUUGAUGCUGAGGAUCCCGAGUCGCGCAUCCGAAUGACGACCGGACAAGUGGUUACUGAGACCAUUAUUGGUCUGCUGGCUGGCUCGGAUACCAGCUCCAACACAAUGACAUGGACCAUUCACCUGCUUCUUAUGUACCCUCAGUAUCAAGCCCGGGUUGUCGAGGAAGUGCGCACGGCAUUUGGCCGCGAUCACAUAAUUAACUACAGUGAGGCCAAGGCCAGUCUUCCACUUCUAGAAGCUUGCAUCUAUGAAUCACUGCGCUUGAACCCCGUGGCAACAAACAUGCCCCGCCUCAUUCCUCCUGGUGGCGCAACCUUUCAAGGCCACUUUAUUCCCGGUGGCUAUAACCUAACCAUCAGUAUCUCCGCCGUCAACACUAAUCCUGCAGUGUGGGAGAAGCCCUACGAGUUUUACCCUGAGCGGUUCCUGGACAACGAAGUAAACAAGCGGGCAGUGUUAACAUUCAGUGCCGGCGUAAGGGUGUGCCCGGGCAAGAACCUGGCAUGGAUGGAAAUGCAAUCGACGCUGGCCAAUAUUUUUAACAAGUACAAUUUGAUGAUUCCGGCCGAUUCAUUGUUCAAACCGGACCUUGUCGAUGACAAUGGAAAUCCAAUACUGAUGCCCCGCACUGUUGCUACUACAACUGUGCCGCAGCAUCCCGAGCGUGAUUGCAUUGUUUUAGUUGCAAAGCGUGCAUAGUUUUUAAUAUUUAAAUACAUUAAUGUUGUCAUUUG